AGGGGAGAUAGGAGGGGAGGGGUUUUGAUUGGCUGAAGUGGGCCUUGUUGCCUUGACGACGGCGAGGGGUUUGGUAGCGUUGCCGUGCGCUGUCUGAUCUGCGCGCUGCGUGUAUGGAGGAAGCAGCUGCUGAUCUGAUCUCUGACAUUGUGUGAGACAGACAUCUGAAUAAACUGCGUACAGACGUGUCUUUAAACAUACCGCAACGAGGCACGCCGUGCAUGAUUACCUCUUUGAUUUAAUGGGUCCAAUCAUUGGGAUGUCACCAGAUAAGAAAACGGAAAUUCCGGGUAUGCAAGAGGAGCGGACGGGGCUCAGAGGCGUAUGUGGUGUGGGAACACUGCCCGAGGCGGAGUGUGCGUCCAGUCCGCUGGCCACCAACGUCGAUCGAACUGGGGGUACAGAGGAUGAGGAGCUCACCAACCUCAACUGGCUGCACGAGAACCUGCUGCAGAACUUCGCUCUGGGGGGGCCUGAAGCUCAGCCCAGCGGCAGUCCCCUCUUUGACAUAGAGGGAGACUACGGGCCCAACCAGGGGCCCUCGUCUUCCUCCUCAUCUUCGUCACACGGCAGAGGCAGGGAGCGAGACUCGUUGAAGUCCAAGCCCCCGUUCUCGUUUUCUCUCCUCAUCUACAUGGCCAUCGAGCAGUCUCCCAGCAAAUCUUUACCAGUUAAAGAAAUCUACGGAUGGAUUCUCGAGCACUUCCCUUAUUUCUCCAACGCUCCCACUGGCUGGAAGAACUCAGUUCGUCACAACUUGUCCCUGAACAAAUGCUUCCGCAAGGUCGAGAGGAGUUUGGGAAAGGCCAAUGGGAAAGGUUCUCUCUGGUGUGUUGACCCCGAGUACCGCCCCAACCUGAUCCAAGCCCUUAAGAAGCAGCACUUCCCUGCCGCACAUGCCUUCUGCACACCACCCGCCUCCCCACCCAGUGCCUCCUCACCCCCUCGCCAUCUCUUUCUACAAGGCUGCUCAUUCAAAGAAUCUGACAUUGAUGCUGCCACUGCCAUGAUGCUCUUAAACUCUGCCCCCGGGCACCACGUUGACCCAUGCAAUUCUGACGGCCCCCUGGACCUGUCCCGGCCCGACUCGGUCCUGGUGAGCAGUGACCCAAAGCAGGACCACAACUACAGCAGCGUGGCCCUGCAGCGCUGCUCCUCCCGCUCCUCCUCCUCGUCUCUCUCCUCCCUGGACGAAGGAGGCUGCGACCGCAGACAGUCGCACCGUGCAGGCAGCGAGGGCUUCCACAGCGACGAGGACUCCGACCUCUGGGAUGAGAGGGGCGUCCACCAAACCUCGAGACGUCCGCCGGCCAUCAAGUGGCCCGUCGGGAAGAGGGCGCGGCGCGAGGUAAAGCCGGAGCUGGACGAGGAGCUGAAGGAGGCCGCUGGCUCCUUGCUGCACCUCGCCGGUAUACGCAGCUGUGCGGAGGGAUCCAAACGCACUGUCAAGAGCACAAAACUUAACAGGAAAUGAAGAUUAUUUUUGCCCCCCCACCCCCCCCCCCCCCCCCCAUUAGACUCCGGACCCUGUGAACCCUAAUCUCUGACCCCUGAUCGUGUGUCCCAGUGUGCCUCCUUCUCCUUAUCUGAUCGUUCAUUGGCCAUUUUGAGCCUUUCUUUUUGUUCGGGAAUAUCCCUGUCCAACAAAACAAAUGGCAAUAGUAUCGUUCACACAGGAGAACAAAGCCAUAUAGAGACUUUUGUAACUCGGGGGGUGACUGCUGGGGUUGGUAUUCGGGCUGUGGAGAACCAUCAAGAAACCUAUCCAAAGUGACCUGCCUGCUUCUGUUGGAUUAGAAGAUUGUGAUUCAAGACUUUUUCUCGGAAUGACAAAGCGAGAAAAGCUGAAGGUUUUAUAACUCAAGGCGUUUGCAUGCUUCCUCCUCAAACCUGUAUCCUCUUCCAAGUGAAUCUAUUUAUGAAGCGAAUGAGUGCAUGUUUGUAACAGACAAAACCUAACCUCCUGGUGUUAUCAGCUUCUCCUUUUUGUGCUAAAGAAAAAAAAAAAUGCCACUGUUUUUUGAAAGGAAUCCUCUUGUAAGAGAGAUGCAAUAAUUAAUCCACAACCUUAACUUUAAUGACUUAAUUUCAUGGUGGCAUUUUUUCCGAGUUGAGUAUGCUAGUUAAACUUUACAAUUUAAGCGAAUGAAUGGAGUAGUACUAUAAUCUUGUUAUGCGAUAAACUUAUUACACACGAGCUCUAGCUCUAUUUCAGGAUAAGCAAGAUGUGGAAAUAGUAUUACUCUGCCACUGCCAAAUUUUGUUGCAAAGUUAGCUAUACUACUUCGCUCAGUUUUGUGCGGCCAUUACAGUGCUAUACAAAUGUUUUUUUUUCUCACAAAUCCGCUGCUCAUCCUGUCAAUCUACUUUCAUUCAUCAGUGUGUUUUUGACAUUUUGUGCAGACAUAUAUUCACAUGUUUAGUGACGGCCUAUGCAAAGUGAACACCUGCCACAUGUUGCCAGAUGUUCACUGUGUGUUCAUAGGUUAUCCUCCAUAGAUUCAUUUUUUUGUGUUUGUUUAUCAUAGUGCAUGUCGACUUCAGCCUAAUUCUGAGAUGAUGAUCACGACAGAAAUCUCUGUAAAGACAGAUCUCCUUGCUACUGCUGUAUUGUAGGGCUGCUUGGCACUCUGCUUGCUUCUGGUCCGUUUUGAAUGCAGAGCUGGUUAACAGGCUGUGACUGGAGCAGACAGUAAAUUAAUACAGCUCUAUUUGGGUUUGCCUUUUCCUUACUUUUUUGAACCAUGUACUUUUGAAAAUAACAAUUAUACAGCUAAUCUGUUGGCUGGUCUUGAUGCCAAGUUAAUUCACAACUUGAGGGGGGGUGUUUUGUGGAGAAGGGGACAGUUGCAGCCACAGAGAACUGGACGUUGUGUGUGCAGUCACUCGCAGGCGAGAUGUUGAAGACCUGUGCUGCUCUCAAGUUGUGCCCUCAGUUCUGUCUGGCCACUGGUAUUUGGCCCUGGCUCUUCCUCCUAGAACAAAAUAAGGAAGUGCACGCUCUCUUCUCUAGCUGUGAAAUGGAGUGUUUAUUGUCAGUUGAUUGCAUGCAGUUCACUGAGGGGAAGUUGCUUGUGUAAAGGCCAACAUUCUCAUUAGAGCUUUUAAAAAAGGCUGCGUACAAUACAAGGUAGCAUGGAAGCUCACAAGGGCAACUAAACUAACAUUUUAUUAUUUCCUCACACAGUCCUAGAUCUCAUCGUCACAGGAACUCUUGAUAUAGUAUGCAUGGUCGGUGCCAAACAUUUUCUUGUGCCACUAAUGUAAAAUUGCAGAGGGCCAUGGUCACUAUGUUCCACUGCUGCCACGCUGUAGUUAUGAUUAGGAGUAACACAAUGCCCUAGUUUUGUGAAUCAUCCGAACAGGAAGUGGGAGAGGACUCUGGUCAGUACAGGGACUUAACCAAUCUUUUGGUUUAUUUUUGUCGCUUUAGAGUGGGAACUGUUCUUUGCAGAGUAAGCAACGGUUCUCAGAAGUAAAACUUGCAUACACUGGUCUUGUUAGCUGUGAAAAAAGAACAAAUGAUUGUUCAUUAAUCAUAACCUUAUUUAUGACAUUAAUUUAUGGGAUUAUUGAAUGCAUACUCUAUCAAACACUGGUCAUUUGAAACAAGUGACUAGGCACAUUUAUUUUUCCUCCUGUGAACUCCUUAAUAAGUAUUUUAUUUCUCCUUGUUUUAUUUUACAGCAAUACACUUUUUUUCUAUCACUAUGUUAUAGUGAUUAAGUAUUUUGCCGAUGUCUAUUGUCUUUAGAGCGGGUGUUCUUUUUCUUUUCUUCGAUUUAACCAUGACUGCCAGGUUUUCUUGAUGUUUUGUUUUGCUUUUUGUUAGGCUGGAUAGUUUAUUAACAUUGAUCCUGAAACCUUUUGUUGCCAAAAUGGAUGUACAGCCGGGGUAUAAAAUUCAAAAUGGACACAUUCCCCCAUGUACUGUAGAAGUUCUUUGAAGAUGAUUGAAUCCUUUUCACAUUUGUCUCAUGUUUAUAUAUUGAUAUUAUGACUAAGUAGUCACAAAUUGAAGAUACAUUAGCUCUCGUUUUCAUCUCGGAUUAGAAUCUGACUGCCACUCAUAACUCAUGCUUCCAGGUAUUGUUAUGGGAUGUUGAAAUGUUUAGAAUAUCAUUGGAUCAGACUCACUCAGUCCCCAGGCUGCUGCUGUGCAGUUUCAGACUUACGUUUAAGUAUAGUGACAACUGCAGAGAAAUUAUGGAGCGACUUGUAGAGGAAAAGUUCACUCAUUCUUUCUGUAGCACUUGCAAAAGAAACGUUAUGUUGGUCUUAAUUUGACAUAUGGAAACAUUUUGGGCUUUAAAUCCCCCAACUAAAAAUCCAAUUGCUUCAUUGCUUGAGAGCUGUUAAUUAAAUUAAAUAUUGAUUAUGUGAAUCUAAAAAAUUCUGUUGCAGUUCCCGAGGGUAUGAUGAACAUUUUGUUAACAAAGCUGCCAACCCAGUAUCAGUUUGUGUCAGUUGUCUGCCAUGUCUAUUGGACUGACACACAUUUUGGUUUUUGUAUGCUAACCUCUGUUGAUAAAAUGUUUAUAAGAUUUAUUUUCGCCAAAGAUAUGCAAUUGCAUUAUAUAUGGUAUUACAAAAAUAUUAAUAAAAACCUGUUCUUGUUA